AGAGUUCAGAGUUUGGUUCAUCAUUUCAAGUUCGGAUUACGAGGUGAUAGGAUGUGUUGGCGUUUCGCUGCUACAGUUUCGCGUAGUUCACAGUCAAUCCUGGUGGAGCACAUCUACCGAUUCCAGUCCUGUGUGGAGGAAACAGAAGCUAGGAGGCAGUAAAGUCUGAUAGCGCGAGGCCGUCUGGCAAACUGGGAGUGUUUGUUCGGGUGUUCGACGGAGAUCUGCAGUUACGAACAGUGACGACGUUCCGAGAGUGGGAGAGCGUAAUAAACUAAGUGAUAUUAGUGCGGUGUGAUAGAUGGUCGCUUUUGGUGGAUUGAACCGCUUGAUUGGUAUUAAGUGGAAGAGUGGAAAAUUGGCAUGAAAUUGGAGAUUUCGCAGACGUUCGGUGUGGAAAUUGAAAGCAAUUCAGUGUUCAGCGCGGCGCAAAUAGUGCGGAUGGAAUAAAGCAAAUAAUAUUGAUUGUCAUUAUCUGAAGUGCAAUAGAAGCCUGCAGUGUACUGUUUGUGAAGACGGUGUUAAACAUUGUAAAAAUUGAAUUUAUUAUUAUGAUAUGUGAUUAAACGCUGAUAAUAAAAAACAUAUGUAAGUUAUGAGAGUAAGCUAUUGCAAAAAUCUAAGAAUACACAGAUAACUUAUUUGGAAAUGCAUUGAUCGCCAGUAGAACUAUUCAUUGAAUGUGAGUAAGCUAAUUAACAUAUAAGAAAUCUUUCUAAUAACUAGCAAAGAAUAUUAAAAUUCCUUGUUAAAGUAAACCAUAAAAAAGAACAGAAGUAGAAAGGAACACAGGAAUCUCGUUAAUAAAGUCAAAUCAAGGAACACAGUGCGUGAAAUAAGGUGAACAGUGCUGGAAAAUACAUUCCGUUAUCUGUACUCCAUUCAAAAAGCUCGCAAAACGUGAACGCGGCGACGUCCUUGCCUACCAGAAUAAUAGAAUACGUAUAUCGCAAAUCGCGUCUUAGCGCGUACACGGACCGGCGGAAAGUGUGUUCAUUCCCAUACCGCAACAGUGGCAUUCAAGCUCGGAACAGAAUAGGAUAAAAAUAUCAAAACAUUUCCCAUACAAUCAAAUAAAAUCGCUUUACACACCUCUCUUUAUAAGCGAAGUAAUAACAUAACAUACCGUCGGGGAGUGUGGUUCCUCCUGGUCUAGAGCAGCUGGAAGCGAGCUGUAAGGAAACACGCCGAUAGUAGCUACACUGUUGAACCGACCAAACUCUUGCGAAAAGUGAAAUCACCUUCCACUGUCACCGCCAUCAACGGCGUCAUCAUCGUCAUCGCCAUCAUCGGAGGCAGCAUCACUCGAGUCGUCGACGGGUGCAACGGAAACAGUUUACGAAGAUUGUUGGGUGGCAAAACGGCGUGCACGCCAGCUCCAACACUCCGCGAACACUACCGCCGCCUGUUAUCGUCAGCACCUUUUUUUCUAGUGAAUCGUUCUGCAAGGAUAUUGCCACUCGCGUCACCCCCUUCGGAGAGUGCACGGAAGUGAAUCACCAGAGAGUGAUAAAAGUUGUGAACCAGGGAGAAAGAUCAAGCUCCAAAAGAGGCAGAGUGUGCCAGCAGCCCUCCUGUUCAGUGUGUGUAACAGAACUCUAUUAAAUUUCUGAAUAGAAAAAAGCGGAAAAAAGGAAACGUUACCAAACUGGAAGAGAGAAAAACCGACAAAGUGUGCAAGUGAGAGAGCGAGAAGGACCUAACGAGCAGCGAAGAGUACGAUUUCAGAGUUCCGUUUGAGUGUACGAAAGAGAGUGGAAAAAAAGUAUCAGCAGCCAGGCAGAGGCAACGCCGAGGCACACCGAGCUCGUAUAAUCAAUUGGCAAACUGGGCACUCAUGGGACUCCAAAACGCCGAGGGGCAGGACAUGAGCCUCCUGUGAAAAGCUUGACCUACGGUGACGUCAAGCGUCCAGUGUCAGGAAUGCACAGCACUGAAAAUGUUGCUGUGGAACCGAUCAGUGAUCACCCAGUCAAUGUACAACAACAACAAUCAGCCAGGACACUCAACGCCGCCAGUGUUACAGCUAUGGGACACACGACAGUUACAACCGAACGCACCGGCAAUCCAAUCAUCGGUCUCGUCCACCCCGAACCUCAUCGGAAGCAACGGCAUGGCCAAGGACUGCGCAGGUUGCGGGAAACGCAUUACCGAGCGGUUCCUGCUGAAAGCCCUGGACCUCUUCUGGCACGAGGACUGCCUCAAGUGUGGAUGCUGUGAUUGUCGGCUCGGCGAAGUCGGCUCUACCCUGUAUACUAAAGCGAACCUAAUACUGUGUAAGCGAGACUAUCUUAGACUGUUCGGCACAACGGGAUACUGUGCCGCGUGCAACAAGGUGAUACCGGCGUUCGAAAUGGUGAUGCGUGCCAAAAACAACGUCUACCAUUUAGAGUGCUUCGCCUGUCAGCAGUGCAAUCACCGGUUCUGCGUGGGCGACCGUUUCUAUUUAUGUGAUUAUAAAAUACUAUGUGAAUACGACUACGAAGAACGUUUAGUGUUCGCCAGCAUGGCGUGCAAUCCAUCUAGUUUAGCGCAUAUACGGAGGCAAGUUAGUAAUUUACAGCCAGCCGGAGAAAAUCUCAUCGGUAAUGUCGGCAGUGGACGUAUGCCGCCAGCCGUUAAUCGAUCUCCAUACGUAGCAGACAAACUCGGUCUAACACAACAGCAGCAGCAGCAAGGACUCCCUCAACAGCAGCAACAUCCGCCGGUUCCUUCGAAUCAGCAGACGCAGCAUCACCCUCAUCCUCCCCAACAAUCACCGCAGCAGCAAUCAGCUGGUGGCAGCCAUCUGCAGAAUCCUACCCAGCAGCAGCACCACCCUAGCAAUCUUGGUCCUCACCGAGACGAUGGCUCCAGUGGCUAUGGGAGUCCCGAUUCGGAGACCUUCGAGACGCCGGCCUCUCAAUGACGCCCAGUGCCCUGAUUCUGCGAGGCCACCUAGUCGAAGCUACUGAUAGCUGGGAAUGGUUGAUGCCCCAACGCGUUCUAGGCUAGACGAGUUUUACGCCAGAUAGCCUUCUGCAGUGGUGCUUGAUGUUUGGAUUCCUUAUUGGUUCUACAAGGGAGCAACUCCUUAGUUGGAAAUGAUAAAAUAUGAUUUUUUAAAAGUGCAUUUUAGGUAUCGGUGAACCAAAACAAUAUUCGUAAAUUUUUAGUGCACAAUGGACAACUCCUCUAAACCAAUUCUCAAGGAGCCAAUUUUUUCAGCUGGAUGGAGCUAGGGAUAUUAACAAAUUUGAAAUAAUACAUAUAACCUCCAUGAGGAAGGCUCCAACCACUAGCCGAAACGUUGGAGGUAAAAGGGUAAUUCCGCUUUCAAUAA